UUGAAUUCAGUUAUUUAAAUUUUCAACAUUUGAACAUUAAACCCAUACAUUUUAAAACGAACAAUUGCUGGCAAGUGUUAACACUUAUCAGUUUACAGCAGUAUUUCAUCAAAAAUGAUUACGCUAUACUUUCCGAAAAAUGUGGUUCUUUUUCUCAUUUUUCUGUUUUGGAAUAUCUGUUAUGCAACCGAUCGAGCCCAGCUUUUCAAGGAUGUCAUCGAUAAAUACGAUGUUCGAGUUGCCCCCUUUAACACAAAGGCAGAUGCGGCUGCCUUCACUCUUACAGUGAGUCUAAUGUCGUUACGCCAGGUGAGUGAAAAGGACCAAACGGUUGCGUUAUCGUUUUGGCUGUAUAUGGGCUGGAUUGACCAUCGUCUGACAUGGAAUCCGUCCUCCUAUUCAGGAAUUGACAGCAUUGUCACUUCAUCGAAAUACGUGUGGUCUCCUUCUUCUAUUUGUUUAUAUAAUGAGAUAAAUGAAGACAAGUGCCUUACUGCUGAUAAGCUGGUAACGAUUACGUCAUUUGGAUGGAUGACGUAUGUGACUUCACGUGAAAGUGUUACCCAGUGUGCCAUUGACAUUACCAAAUACCCGUUUGAUUCUCAUAUGUGUAGUCUCUAUUUCGGCAAUCUAGUUGAAACUAUAGAUUUUUUAACAAUAAUGGAGGAUCAAUCAGGAUUUUUUCUGCAGUAUUAUACAGAGAGCGAAGAAUGGGAAAUGGUGGAAACAUCCUUAAAGAAACAACUGUUUGUAGGCAAUAACUUGACAUAUACUCAGUUACAUUUUAACAUGAAAAUAAAACGGAGACCAAUGUACGUGAUUCUGUCAGUCCUCCUGCCUGUAAUUAUACUGUCAGUACUUAACAUAUUUUGUUUCGUCAUUCCAAUAGAAUCUGGUGAAAAAAUGGGCACGUCUAUGGCUAUAUUCUUGACGUUUGCUGUGUUUUUGACGAUAAUUAACGACUCGCUCCCUAAAUCGGACAAUACACCCUACUUUAGUAUUUUCCUGGUCACUCAAUUAAUUAUUAGUGGAGUCACAGUCGUUCUGCAAAGCAUCGUACUUCACAUUCAUUUUCGCGAAGCAAAGGGAGAAGAAGAUGAGAAUAAGGUUCAUCCGCUUGAUGCCUCAGAAAAAGACACAACUUCAGGAUCAAGACUAAGCUGCGUGAAAUUGAAAUGCUUAAAGAUAAAUAGCAAAACGUUGGAGAAAUUGUUCAUGAUUUGUGUGGUAGUUAUUGAUUUCGUUUCACUUGUAUACUUUUUAGCAAUUGUGAAGUCAUGAUUAUAACCUAAAAUAAUAUUGUAUUAAAUAUAAAAGUGCAACACAAUCUAAAACUGCUUUUCCAUUAAGCCAUAUGGUCGUGGCUACACGCAUAUUAUUGAGUGAUUUCUACAAAACAAAGAAGAUAUUAUUUUGUUUUAAAAUAAUUUUUAUUUAGACGCAACAGUUGAUUACUUUGAAUAUCCAAAGUAAUUUAUAAAAGAAAACAGCUAAACACCAACUGGAAUUUCGUCUGAUGAUCCAGCAUCAUGGAAGAAUUAAUGAAAGGAAUGCCGAAUUCGAUAUAAACUGCAAACACCAAACCCGAUGGUUUAGCUGAAGUUUACCCGAUCCUCAUUAAGAUUACGACUAAGGUUAAAGGUUGUUGUUGUGUGUAUAUAUGAAUUUAUCUUUAGGGAUAAAUUCCACUAUUUUGAACUCCUACAAUGUUAAUGUAACAACGUUCUUCGGAGCCAGACUUGAAUAUUAAAUUUAAGUUUUAAUUCUGGUUUUGAUUACAAAAAUUUAUAUAUUUGUAGAUUCCUUCGAGAUUUAUGUAUGUUCAAUCAAAAAUAAGAAAGUACAAGAUUAUUGUUUAUUUCG